UUGAGCGGCCCAGGGCCGGGGGCGCAUGGCGCUGGCCCGCACUUGGAUCCGAUCGAGAAGUGAGGUCUGGCCCGCCCACAACGCGCUCACUCCCGUCUCGUUUCCCGGCCCGGCAAGCUCUCAGCUCGAGUCUCCGCCAGCCCGGCUUCAGCCCCGCCCUUCCUCUCCCGGUGGGUGCUCGGAGGCCGGAUCGGGCCUUACCGCUCCGAGCCGCGUACUGUCGAGCCCCUCGACUUCUCCAGCACCGCCCGACUUAGGUGCGCUGAGGGAGCGCAUGGCGGCAGUGGGGCCGCGGACUGACCCCGGCGCCGGGGCCGAGGCGCUGGCACUGGCCGCAGAGCUGCAGGGCGAGACCACAUGCUCUAUAUGCCUGGAGCUCUUCCGCGAGCCAGUGUCCGUCGAGUGCGGUCACAGUUUCUGCCGCUCCUGUAUCGCGCGCUGCUGGGAGCGCCCCGGCGUGGAAGCCCCCGCGGCGUCCCGCGCGCUGCCCGGCCCGCUGCCCUGCCCACAGUGCCGAGAGCCCGUGCGUCCCGGCCAGUUGCGGCCCAACCGGCAGCUGGCCUCGGUGGCCACGCUGCUGCGGCGCUUCGGUCUACCUGCGGCCGCGCCAGGGGAGCGCCAGUCCGCGGAGGCAGCGCUGGCUGCGUGCGUCCAGCAUGGCGAACCGCUCAAGCUCUACUGCCAAGACGACGGACGCGCCAUUUGCGUGGUGUGCGACCGCGCCCGGGAACACCGCGCGCACGCAGUGUUGCCGCUUGACGAGGCUGUGCAGGAAGCUAAGGAGCUCCUGGAGUCCAGGCUGAAGGUCUUGAAGAAGGAUCUGGAGGACUAUGAGGUCUUUCGUUCCACCGAAGAGAAGGAGAGCAAGGAGCUCCUGAAACAGAUGGCAGCUGAGCGAGAGAAGGUGGGUGCAGAGUUCCAGGCACUGCGGGCCUUCCUGGUGGAGCAGGAGGGCCGGCUCUUGGGCUGUCUGGAGGAGCUGUCCCGGGAGGUGACACAGAAGCAGAAUGAGAACAUAGCUCAGCUUGGGGGUGAGAUCACCCAGCUCUCCAAGCUCAGCAGCCAGAUCCAGGAGACAACUCGAAAGCCUGACCUUGACUUUCUCCAGGAAUUCAAAAACACAUUAAGCAGAUGCAGCAAUGUACCUGGCCCCAAGCCAACCACAGUCUCUUCUGAGAUGAAGAAUAAAGUCUGGAAUGUUUCCCUCAAGACCUUUGUCUUAAAGGGGCUGCUCAAGAAGUUCAAAGAGGAUCUUCGGGGAGAGCUGGAGAAAGAGGAGAAAGUGGAGCUGACCCUGGACCCGGACACCGCCAACCCCCGCCUCAUCCUCUCCCUGGAUCUGAAGAGCGUGCGCCUCGGACAGCGGGCCCAGGACUUGCCCUGCCACCCACGCCGCUUUGAUACCAACACGCGGGUCCUGGCGUCCAGCGGCUUCUCCUCGGGGCGGCACCACUGGGAGGUGGAAGUGGGCUCCAAGGACGGCUGGGCCUUCGGCGUGGCGCGCGAGAGCGUGCGCCGCAAGGGCCUCACGCCCUUCACCCCUGAGGAGGGCGUCUGGGCGCUGCAGCUCAACAGCGGCAAGUACUGGGCGGUGACUAGCCCCGAACGGACGCCCCUCAGCUGUGGCCACCUGUCCCGCGUGCGGGUGGCCCUGGAUCUGGAGGUGGGCGCCGUGUCCUUCUACGCCGCGGAGGACAUGCGCCACCUCUACACCUUCCGUGUCAAUUUCCACGAGCGCGUGUUCCCGCUUUUCUCCGUCUGCUCCACCGGCACCUACUUGCGAAUCUGGCCUUGAGAGGCCUCGGCGGCCUCCCAGAGAGGCUGUCAGCUCUGCCUCCAGACACCUGGAUACAGCUGGCCUGAGGUCUGUACUCAGGAAGGAGCGCUGUACUCCCAGCUCAGAGAACAGCCUGGGCCAGAACUGGAAGGAGAUUCUUGACCUGUACAUGAGCAGAAAGCCCAGGACAUGGCUACUUUCCAGUACCCCUCAACCUGAUGAUACAGAGUGAUACGUACUUUCUCAGCCACAGUGACAGCCAUGUGUGCUCACAGAUGCCUCAACCCCUUCCAAAUGCCAAAGCAUAGUCUCCCUUGAGUAAGGAGACCAAAGAUUAUGGAAUUUUGAAACACAAAACAGCACUUAUAAUUUUAUGGAUGCAACUAACAUCAGCAUGGGACGGCACAUGGGAUGCUUCUGACAUACCCUUUCUGGAACUUGCCAAGUGUACACCAACAGCAGCCUGGUGCCAAGAUCUGCUCAGCCUGUGCCCUGGUGGGAUGUUAUCCCUUGGCUAAUUGUUCCCC